AUGACAUCUAGAAGUGAAUCACCGUCAGCAAAAGCUCAUAGGUCUGCUUUAGAAACAGGCCCUAAUAGUCUACCAAUUAUUGGACACAAAGGUGCUCCAAAGAAAUUCACUGGAAAAUUCAAUGAAGUCAAGCUUUUCCUACAGCACUAUGAAAGACUAUGUGCUCAAAAGAACAUUACAUUAGAUGAAGAAAAGGUGGAGAAUAUUACCCAAUACUGCUCCAGACAUGUUAGAGAAUUUAUGGAAGGACUUCCCAGUUAUACUUCAAGAAACUGGACUGCAUUUAGCAAAGAUAUUCUUAAAUUCUAUGAUGCAGAAAAAGAUACAAGGCGGUACAAGUAUACGGACUUAGAAAACUAUGUUCAGAAGUCUAGAGGGGCAAGUACCUUUAAGGACUUGGCUGCCUGGAAGAAAUACAAUCGGGAAUUUAUUAGAAUUGCAGGAUGGCUGCUUUCUAAUGGAAAGAUAACUCAAACAGAGUUGAACCUCUAUUUU